GACUAAGUAAAGAAAAAACGGGUUUGUUUGUGAAUCGCGUUAAAAAUGAACUUACUAAAGGAAUUUUUCAAUUUACUUUAACUUAAGACAAAGUCUUGUCAUUGCGAAGUACAAAGUAAAAAAAUCUUUCCGCGUAGUGGUAGCUUCGAACUCAGUUGAAUAUUAGAGAAAUUAUACAAGGUGAAAAGAAACACAGAAAAUGACUUAGACGGAGGCGAAAGUAUUAAGUCUGAUUCCAGUUGAUGAGAAAAUCCUCGUAAAAUCGUCCACGUUGCAGAUAAAAGCAGAUGAAAUUUAGCAGAGCUCGUAAAUAAUCGAAAAUAUCGUUACAUCGAACGUUCAUUAACGCAUAAAGUAGAUAAUCCACCGUAACAUUGAACAAUCACUGAAGAUAUACACGCUCUCCUGGGAAUCACAUUAAUCUCCUAAUUACGAGAAAUUAGGAUUGAAUUGAUUAAGGUGAUUAAUGUGAGAUUACUCCAACAAGGCCACCACUGCGUUAAACCCUGUGCAGUUUAAAAUUCUUUUCACAAAAAGGAGCUUACAUGUGAAUUGACAGAUGUGUGCUAGCUGGGACCAUGCUAUGAGAAUUAGCAAUGCUUAUUACUUGACAACGUAAACAGAAGAAAAAGGAAUUAGAAUUUUAUAGAGUUUAUUUUAUUAUGGCGUAUUCUGCAUCGCUUUUUGAUACACGUAAUUCAAGUUUUACGCUAGCACCUGCUGUGUUUUUACCGUCAGUGACGCCGACAGUAAUCCUUCGACAACCGCAACAACAACAACAAGAGCAGUUAUCCAAAAAUGUCGAAUACGGUAUAUUCAUUUUAAAUGGAAUUUUAGCUUUACUUGGCGUGCUAGGGAAUAUCUUUGUUUGCAUGAUAAUCAUACGUGGCCGAAAAAUGUAUACCAUAGCGAAUUUGUUCCUGAUGAAUUUAGCCAUUGCUGACAUGUGUGUAUUGGUCGUGAGUUAUCCGUUGUGGGUUAUAAAAAUCUUAGCGCCGCUCAAUUGGCCGUUUGGGUCCGUCCUAUGCAAAAUAAUACCUUCUGUGUCAGAUGCUUUUUACGGCGUAUCAUUGGGUUGCAUGACAACAAUAUCAAUUCAUCGGUACCGGAUGAUUCUUCACGCGAUGAAUGCACAGUUGUCGUUUCUUCAAGCGAAAUUAGUCAUUAUUUUUAUAUGGAUAAUCUCUUUGGCUUCCAUAGCGGCUCCACUUUAUCCGGUGUUGCGGUAUUAUGAAGGAGUUAAUAAGAAGAAUAUGACUUAUUUCAACGUAACCCUCUUGCACGAAAUGCCGUACAAACAUUGUCGCUCCAAAUGGCCUAGUCGUACUUAUGAGAAGUCCUAUCAGACAUUUUUGACUAUCGUGUGGUAUAUUUUGCCUCUGUUAAUCAUUCUCGUAACCUUCUUACGAAUCAAGUGUUAUUUGCAGAGACAAAUGGCUUAUGAGUGGUUGAAAGGUUCAGAGCAUAAUGUUUUAAUAACCAAUCAGAUUUUAGGGAUUAAAAAAGCACUUCGCAUGUUAGCACCCGUGGUGAUUAUUUUCGCCAUUUUGAUGUUGCCAUGGAAUAUAUUACGCAUGCUCUCCGUUUUUAUGGAUUUCAGCAAAAUUAAGAACGCCCAGAUUUACGUCCUUGUUUCGGGCACCAUGCUGGUAGCUAAUUCAGUUGUGAAUCCGUUUAUUUAUUAUAUUAUGUCCCGAGAAUUCCGGAUUGAAUUCCGAAAACAAUUUUGGCUUUUAAAAAAGGCUUUGAGGUUAACUCAGGAAUCCGAUCAAUAUACAAUAGAAUCCGAUGAAUCAGGAAAAAAGUACGUCAGACGGUUUCGUUCUUUCAUGGGUUCAAAGCGAGACUCGAACGGGAAUUUUUCCACUAUUUCAAUGUCGUUUCCAUCGAAAACCCGAACAGAAUCAACUGCAUCUGACUUUACUUUUUCUAAUGGCGCCCCUGCAGUUGAUUAUGACGAAAUAUUUCGAGAACAAAGCCGCAUUUCUAACGGAGAUAAUUAUCGCCCUCAUGGAGAUAAUCAACGCUAUACUCAUGCCAGAGCAGAACCAUUAUACAGCAUAAAGGAGGAGCAGAAUUUAGAUUUGGAUUCAAAGGACUCCGGUUUUGAAGGAUGUAUAACUCCUGAAAAGAAUGCCGAAGUUGAAUCAGCCCCGGGAGAAAAUGUUGGACUUUUAUGUGAGGAAAUUAUUAGAGAAACCGUACUGUAGACAGCUUUAUAUAAUAUUUCAUAAUGUUGCUGUUGUGAUCCGUCAAUUGUUAACUAUGCAGCGCAAAUGAAGAAAAUUACACGACAAGAUUUUCUGUGAUUUUAGACAACAAUGUAUUGAAUAAAUGGUGGUUUUGUCACGGAGCAUAAAAUUGUUUUCAGCAUGUCUACUUCAUUAGUACUUUUCUUAAAGGUCCUCUAUUUUGUUUACUUUGGAAAUUUCGUAAUGUAUACAAUUUAAGAUGAGAUAUCGUUGGAAGUAAAAACUGAUGAAAAUAUAUGGGUUUUCAUGGAAAUGAUUUUGUCGUCUUCAGACAAAAAACUAUUGUGCAAUUCCUUUUAACAAAAAUGAAAAAUCUGCGAAGUGAGCAAACAUUCGUGAACAAAAUUGCUUGCAAAAUCAUUUGCUCUUAAUCAACUUUGUCACCAGAGUAUACUCUUUGAUCUGAAGCAAGAUUUUUUCUUGUGUUAUGAAAAUAGAACCUGAGAAAUCAAGGUUGUGUUAAAGACUACCUAUUUACAGAAUUUUUCAAUGUCAAUAAAGAAGAGAAUUGUGUUAAACAUUCAUUGUAAAAAUAUAGUUAUAAUAUAUCCAUGUAUAUAUUCUUCCAUCGUCAUCCCCAGAUUUUUUUGCUUUUUUGGUGUGAUAAUAAUAAAUAGGUAAAAAACACUGGGGACGAAGGUGUAUAUUCUUCGUAUUUUUAUAUUUUUACAUUAUCUUGUAUAUAUUAUAAAGGCAUUAAACUGACCACAGUGGAAAUGUAUAUAAGACAAAGAAAUUACGAUGUUUGUAUAUCUUAUUGUGUUGCCAAUGCUAGAUAAACUUUUAUGUGAAGUUAGAGAAACGUACAGUCA